AUGGGACGCCUUCCGCAUCAGGAGCAUAAUUUUCAGAGGCUGAAACAGCACUUGCAGGAGGUACUUCGAGAAAGUGCAGAGGAUGAACCAUUGAGGCUUGCCUUGCUUGACGUUCUAAACAAUGCAGUAGCCACCGCUCAGCUGCCCGGAGAGCGUGUGUGGGAGAUCAUGGUUCGUCCUCACGAAUUCGCUGUCGUCAGAAUUGCCCUGGAGCUCGACAUUCCCGGAAUUCUCUCACGAAGUAAUGAGCGCACCGCGAAAGAAUUGGCUCAGCAGACUGGUGCAGAGGAAUCUCUGAUCAUCCGCGUCAUGCGGUCCUGUGUUGCCUUAAGGCUGUUCGAAGAGGUUGGACCGCGAACAUACCGAUCAACAUCGAUGUCGUCGUACCUUGCCGCCGACAACCAGAUGUCCAAUGCGACUAAAUUCAUGUGGGAUGUGAUAGGCAAGGCAGUGCUUCAUCUGCCAGAAUACCUGGUCCAAACAGACCACCACAUACCCUUAGGAAGGCCUGGAGUGUGGGAGCUUACCUACGGAAAAGACACAGACUUCUUCUCCCUGAUCUCAAAGCAGUCAAAAUUGAUGCAGCAGUUCCAUGAUAUGAUGGCCGUGCAGAGGUAUCGGCGGCCCGAUUGGUUCGACAUAUACCCAGUAGAGGAGGCGGUGAUCGGGGGCUUCGACCCAAGUGUUAGCGACGUGCUGCUCGUUGACAUUGGCGGUAGCCGAGGACACGAGUUGAAGAAGUUCAAGGAGCGGUUCCCGCACGCCAAGGGGAAGUUGGUCUUGGAGGAUCUACCUGAAGUUGUAGAUCUAUCUCCCUAUAGCGAGACUGACGGAAUUACCAAAAUCGGGCAUAACUUUUUCUCCGGCCAACCCAUCAAAGGAGCGCGGGUAUACUAUAUGAGGUCCAUUCUGCAUGAUUGGGACGAUGAAAGAGUCCGGGAAAUUCUUCGCAACAUUGUUCCAGCCAUGACAAGGGGUUAUUCGACGUUGUUGAUCAAUGACUGGGUGAUACCAGAUACGGGUGCAGCACUUUAUCCCUGCUUACAGGAUAUUAACAUGCUGGCACUGUUUUCGGCUAUGGAACGCAGUGAGUCUCACUUCAGGGAGUUGCUGGAAUCCGUGGGUCUGCAACUGAGCAAUGUCUGGGGAAGCUCGACCCAUGAGAGAUGUGUGGAAGCGGUACUCCGAGACUAG